AUGAUCCACUCGGUGCUAAUAUUCAACAAUGAUGGAGUUCCUCGGUUAAUGAAAUUUUAUACUAAAGUCGAUAUCAAGACGCAAAGAUUAUUACUACAACAAGUUUACCAGCUCAUAUCUGUUCGCUCAGAUCAAGAAUGUUCGUUUAUAACUUCUCCAAAACUAUUAGAAGAUCUAGAAGACAUUAAGGUGAUUUACCGCCACUAUGCCACAUUAUAUUUUGUGUUUAUUGUAGAUGAUCAAGAAUCGGAAUUGGGGAUCUUAGAUUUGAUUCAGGUGUUUGUCGAGUGUUUGGACAAGUGUUUUUCAAACGUUUGCGAGUUGGAUUUGGUGUUUGGAUGGCAAGUGCUACAGACGGUGUUGGAAGAAAUUGUUCAGGGCGGUAUGGUUAUAGAUACUAAUAUCGGCAGAAUUGUUGCUGGGGUCGAUGAAGCUAAUAAGCAGAAAAAUGGUGGUGGUAGUGGUGGUAGUGGUGGUGGUAAUGGUGGUGGUGCUCUUGGCGUGAGCAGCAAUUUGAGCCAGAGUAUAUUACUGACCUUGUCGCGAGAUAGAGGAUUUUGGAGUCGAGGGUAA